GAUGGGAUGAGAAACGGGGGCAAACCCUCCGCCGGGGCAAAGCGUAGCCGAAACGGCGCGGUCCGCGGCUGGGACACACGACCGAGGAAUUCGAUGGAGCAAUUGUCAGAUGAAGAGCUUGACCAUGGUGCAGAAGAAGAUAGUGAUAAGGAAGAUCAGGAUCUCGACAAGAUGUUUGGGGCCUGGCUGGGUGAACUGGACAAACUCACACAGAGUUUGGAUGCAGACAAGCCUGUGGCACCAGUGAAGAGGUCACCUCUCCGCCAGGAAACCAAUCUUGCCAACUUCUCAUAUCGCUUCUCCAUGUACAAUUUGAAUGAAGCCCUGAAUCAGGGGGAGACUGUGGAUCUGGAUGCCCUGAUGGCUGAUCUCUGUUCCAUAGAGCAGGAGCUCAGCAGCUUUGGCUCUCAUUCAGCAAACAAUGCUGCAGUGAAACGCCUUGCCACAGAGCCCAAAACUCAGAAACCACCUGCUAGUCGACCUUCCACUAAGCACAGCAGCGUGAAAGGAUUGUCCUCCUCCUCUGCUAAGGUGACUAAACCGCCUCAUGCCAACGUGUCUCUGGAUGACAUCACUGCCCAGUUGGAGAAGGCCUCUCUGAGCAUGGAUGAAGCAGCCCAGCAGUCCGUUGCAGAAGACACCAAGGCAGGGGUUACUGCCCAGCACAGGAGGACAGCGUCUGCUGGCACCGUGAGCGAUGCUGAGGCACGCUCCAUCAGUAACUCCUCCCGUUCCAGCGUCACCUCGGCAGCUUCCAGCAUGGACUCCUUGGAUAUCGAUAAGGUGACGAGACCUCAGGAACUGGACUUGACAUCACAAGGGCAGCCAAUCACUGAGGAGGAGCAGGCUGCUAAACUGAAAGCUGAGAAGAUUAGGGUUGCAUUAGAGAAGAUUAAAGAAGCACAAGUGAAAAAGUUGGUGAUCAGAGUCCAUAUGUCUGAUGAUAGCUCAAAAACAAUGAUGGUGGAUGAGAGGCAAACAGUGAGACAAGUAUUAGACAAUCUGAUGGACAAAUCACAUUGUGGCUACAGUUUAGAUUGGUCAUUGGUGGAAACCAUCUCUGAAUUGCAAAUGGAAAGGAUCUUUGAAGAUCAUGAAAAUUUAGUUGAAAAUCUCCUGAACUGGACGAGAGAUAGUCAAAACAAACUAAUGUUCGUGGAACGUAUAGAGAAAUACGCACUUUUCAAAAACCCACAGAAUUAUCUUCUGGGAAAGAAAGAAACCUCUGAGAUGGCAGACAGAAAUAAAGAGGUGCUGCUAGAGGAAUGCUUCUGUGGAAGUUCUGUAACUGUGCCAGAGAUUGAGGGAGUUUUGUGGCUGAAAGAGGAUGGUAAGAAAUCCUGGAAGAAACGUUACUUCCUUCUUCGGGCUUCUGGAAUCUACUAUGUCCCUAAGGGGAAGGCAAAGGUCUCACGGGAUCUUGUGUGCUUUCUACAGCUAGACCAUGUCAGUGUUUACUAUGGGCAGGACUAUCGGAACAAGUACAAGGCACCCACAGACUAUUGUUUAGUGCUAAAGCAUCCUCAGAUCCAGAAGAAGUCUCAGUAUAUCAAAUAUCUUUGCUGUGAUGAUGUAAGAACUCUACACCAGUGGAUCAAUGGCAUCCGCAUUGCUAAGUAUGGGAAGCAGCUAUACAUGAACUAUCAGGAAGCAUUGAAGAGAACAGAAUCAGCGUAUGACUGGACCUCCUUGUCUAGCUCCAGUAUCAAGUCAGGCUCCAGCUCAUCUAGUUUGCCAGAAUCUCAAUCAAAUCAUUCUAAUCAGUCUGACAGUGGAGUUUCUGACACCCAGACAGCUGGACAUGUCCGUUCCCAAAGCAUUGUCAGCUCCAUGUUCUCUGAGGCCUGGAAACGAGGCACUCAACUGGAGGAAUCCAGCAAGGCCCGAGCGGAGCCUGCAGGUCGGCCCUUCGUGUCGGUGGCAGCUCCCGUGUCCCCGCAGCCGAAGGCGGUGGCCCCGUUCGCAGCAUCGCAUCAGAUCCCGGUGCCCCCCAACGGGGUCAUGCCGCCGCCCCCGCCGCCGCCGCCGCCCCCCACACCGGGCUCGGCCAUGGCGCAGCUGAAGCCGGCACCUUGUGCCCCCUCCGUGCCGCAGUUCACGCCGCCACCGCCGCCCCCCAAGAUACAUCAGGUUCAACCAAAUAUAGGCCAGGCCGCUGCUGCCUCCUCAUUGCCACCACCGCCUCCUCCCGUGCCUGCCCCUGCACCGCCCCAGGCACCCCCAAAGCCUGUCAUGGCAGCUCUGCCCCCUCAGCCCAGUGGGAAGGCAGCGGCGCCAGGGGUCACGCACGUCACUCCCCCUGUGACUGCACCCUUGCCCCUUGCAAUAAAGAAACAACCAAGUGUCACUUCUCCCCAGGUGCCUCCUCUACCCCCAGCCCCUCCUGGACCCACUCCCCCUGCAACGUUCCCAAAGCAGCAGAGUUUCUCAGUGAAGCCUCCUCCAUCCCCUCAGUCCCCAGUGCCCUCGGUGGUGAAGCAGAUAGUCAGCCAGUUCCCCCCUCCUCCCACGCCACCUGCCACUGAGCCCCAGCCUCUGAAACCCCUUCCACUAAGUGUGGCUCCACAGUCACCUCCAGCAGUGAAGGCAAAGCCCAAAUGGCAGCCUGCUGCUGUUCCUUCUCCGGAUUUCCCCCCUCCUCCACCAGAGAGCAGUUUAGUGUUUCCUCCUCCACCUCCUUCCCCAGCUUCCUCUGCAGGUUCUCCCCCGCCUGACAAAUCAGGGUCUCCGGUCAAAAAGGCUGGCAAGACAUCAAGCCCUGGAGGAAAGAAACCACCUCCAACACCUCAGCGCAACUCCAGCAUCAAGUCCACAAGCUCCACUGAGUACCACGAGUCCAAGAGGCCUUCAGUGGACCGCCUUGUCAGCAAAUUUGCACACUCACCAGAGCCGUCAGGAUCUCCUUCCAAGGAGUCAUCACCUCCUCCAGCCCCUCCAAAGCCAGGAAAGCUCAACCUUUCUGGUGUGAGCCUGCCCAUUGUCCUUCCACAAGGUGGGAUCCCAGCCAAGGCUUCUGUUCCGAGUGUGUCUGGAAAGGAACCUGUGGUUGAAUUCCCUUCACCACCAUCCGAUUCAGACUUCCCACCACCACCACCUGAAAUAGAUCUUCCCCCCCCUCCGGUAGAAAUUCCAUCUGUGUUUUCAGGCAGCACCUCCCCAAAAGUUGCUGUUGUAAAUCCCCAGCCACAGACGUGGUCAAAACCGUCUGUGAAAAAAGCCCCCCCACCCACACGCCCGAAGCGGAACGACAGCACGCGACUGACCCAGGCGGAGGUCGCAGAGCCCCCAGGGUCAGCUGGCCCACAAGUGCCCACGUCACCCAAGUCCAGCCUUAGCGUUCAGCCGGGGUUCCUGGCAGACCUCAACCGGACGCUGCAGCGGAAAUCCAUCACCCGGCACGGCUCCCUCUCCUCGGCGCGCGUGUCCAGAACGGAGCCCACGGCCACCAUGGACGACAUGGCCCUGCCCCCGCCCCCGCCAGAGCUGCUGGCUGACCAGCAGAAGACCAGCAGCUUUGGGGGCAGUCACAUAUCUGGCUAUGCAACGUUACGGAGGGGGCCACCCCCCGCGCCCCCCAAAAGGGAUCAGAACACCAAGCUGUCACGGGACUGGUAGUCAGUGUCCCGGGCCAGCGCUCUCCAGACUUGUGGGCUGCUCUGUGAUCGGCCAGCCAGUGAUCUUGUGCAAAUGGAGAGGAUGUGGGGAUGUAUAGCCCCAUUAAAAGAGGUGAUCUCCAACUGCAGCUAUGGCUACAUGUAAAGACAUUCCCCUUUCAUGUCUAGGUUAGAAAAGUUGGGGGCUUGGGGGUGUUGAUACUUAAUUGGGAAAAGUGGGUAGAGAGGUGAUGGCUUCAUUCUUUCAGUUUCUUUUACCCUUCUUAUGGAUUGGACCAAACCCCCAUUUUCUUACUUUUCCUGCAUUUAGGGGAGGGGGAGGGAGAUAAUUUUUUUUGUAGUGUCUGUCCACGUGAGACAUGUUUGUGCAUGUAUUAUAAGUGUAGGUAUAUAAUAUAUUGUGAUAUAUUUCAUCGCAAUUCUAGAAGAUAACCAGAAUGUUUUUGUAGAACCGUAUUUAUUGUUUCAGUCAGUAUAUUAUCUGGAAUCAGACGCUAACUGGUCAAAUCUUACCAUAAAGAUGGAGAUGUAGGGGGCACUUUAAAGAAAGGAAAUAAAAAGCCCAAACCCACAAACUUCUCAGCAGUUUGUGGUGGGUAAAUUCCGCAAAGCUUAGGUGUUUGUCUGGUAACUGUACAUUGUCCAUGGAUUGAAAAGUACAGAUGCAACAUACCAAAACAUUCUGGUCAUAAUACUACUGAAAAUGAGUAUGUUCAGAGGAAAGAAAUAGAUUUUAUAUAUAGUGGGCUGGAGUGAAAUAUAUUUAUACUAUAAAGAGCCUCCCCCUCCUUUCACAUAGUUUAAAAAUAUACACUGAUACAAAUUAUUUCAAACUAAUUUGUCCAUGCAGUUAAGUAGGAUAAAUAUCUAUUAUUCCAAACCAUUAUGCAUUCUAACGGAUAGUAGGCUCAAUCAUUUGUUUCUGUGGCUCAAGAUGAAUAUAUUUGUGUUAACCCCUUCUGAAAGCUGCCAGGACUCCUGCAAUCAAAAAUCCUGCCAACCCCCAAGGCUGACCCACGUCGAUUGUGAGCUGUCCGUGUAACUCUUACCCUGAAUGAACAGGUAGGUUUCUGUAGAAAGUGCUGUGUGCUCACACAGGCAUGCACAACGUCCAGUC